AUGGUGGAAGUGUCGUUGACUGUUGGGAAAUUGGACGCAUCUUUGGCGUUGUUGCUUACAAAAGAUCAUCAUUUAAUUGAAUUCCCUACUGUGUUAUUGCCAAAUGGUGUCAAUGCAGGCUCAGUUGUUACAAUCAAAUGUGAACAAGAUCUUGAACAAGAAGCUGAAGAAAAGAAAGCAUUUGAAGAUGUUCAAGAACAGAUCUUGGAACUUUUUGGUAAGAAUGAACCAAAAGCACCAAUUUUGAAGAUUAAGAAUGUAACACAAACAAGUGCUGUUUUAGAAUGGGAUCAAUUAGAUCUUGGUUCUGCAAAUAUCAAAUCGUUAACUUUAUAUAAAAACAAUUCAAGAUUGGGUCAAAUACCAAAUCCUUUGGUUAAUACCACUACAAAACUGUCUGGUUUACCAAUUGAUACCCCAUAUGAAUUCUAUCUAAGGCUUGAUACAACUGCAGGUAUUUAUCAAUCUGAAACUAUUAAAUUAAGAACUCAUAAAAUGACUGAUUUAAGUGGUAUUACCGUCUGUUUAGGUGAAAUUGAUCCAAAGGAAGGUGUUACACGUGAAGAUAUUGAAAAGUCAUUAAAUAAUAUGGGUGCUAAACCUUUACAAGAUGAAGUUAAAGUUGACACAACACAUUUUAUUUGUACAAAUGGAUUAGGUACACAAUGGAAAAAAGCUCUUGAUAGUAAUAUCCCAGUCGUUAGACCUGAAUGGUUGAAAGCUUCAGAGACUGAAAGAAGAAUAAUAGGUGUCAGAAAUUUUUAUUUAGAUGCUGAUCCUCAAAUUUUAGAGCAACAUAGAUUCAAGAAGGAAAAUUCAGAAUCUCAACCAAUUCCACAAAGAAAUGAAUCAUUAAAAGCUGAAGAACCUGUAAGCGAUAAGGUUAAUGGAGAAACAAACAAAGAUGAAAAUGUUACUUCUGUUCCAGAGAAUGAUUUAGAAGACGUACCAAUAGAAUCUACUGAACAAUUACCAAAACCUCCAGUGGAAGAAACUAAGGAAGAACCAAAAGAAGAAUUGAAGGAAGAAUCAAAGAAAGAAACUUCUGAUGAGCAAGAAAAAGAAUUUAAAGAAGAACCAAAAGAUUCAUUAGCUGUUAAUGAUGAAUUUGAAGCACCAAAAGAAGAAACACCAAUUGCCGUCAAAGAUGAAGCUGAAAGUGAAGCACCAAAAGAUGAAAAGCCAAUUGCCGUCAAAGAUGAAGCACCAAAAGAAGAAUCAAAAUCUGAAAUUGAAACACCAGGACCAGUAGCAACAGAGCCAAUUGCCGAAGAAAAGGUCUCAACUUCAAACCCAGAAGAUGCCGAAAAAGUGGCUGAAGAAGAACCUGAAGAAACUGUUAUCAAAUCAGAAACAAUAGCUGCUGAAGAUAAACCAGUAGUCGAAGAAACAUCCCAACCUGAAGAAUCUAAACCUGAAGAAAUAAAAAAAGAAGUUGAAUCUAUCCCAGUUGAAGAAUCUAAAUCUAUUGAACCACCUACUGAAGAAUUAAAAGAAGUUAGCUUAAAUGAUCCUACUUCAGAAGAACCAACUAAAGAAAAUGGUGAAGAAAAUGAUGAUGAAGAAGAGGAUGGCGAAGAUGAAGAACCAACUGAAACUAACGGUGAAGCUUCCAAACCAGCUGAACAAACAAGUGGUGCUAAUAAAAAGAAAAAGAAAAACAAUAAAAAGAAGAAAGGUAAAAAAUAA